CCCGGGGGCUUCAGAAUGGACUUGUGCCACCCAGACCCAGGGGAGCUGAGCAGCAGGGAGGCGGAGGAGCUGCAGCGGAUCAAAUGGCAUCGGAAACAGCUUCUGGAGGACAUCCAGAAGCUGAAGGACGAGAUCGCAGAUGUGUUUGCUCAAAUCGACUGCUUCGAGACAGCAGAGGAGAGCCGCAUGGCCCAGAAAGAGAAGGAGCUGGGCAUCGGGCGCAAGAAAUUCAACAUGGAUCCCGUGAAGGGCAUCCAGUAUCUCACUGAGCACAAGCUGCUGACCCCUGAUGUCCAGGAUAUCGCCCAGUUCUUGUACAAGGGCGAGGGCCUCAACAAGACGGCCAUCGGCACCUACUUGGGGGAGAGGGACCCCAUCAACCUGCAGGUCCUCCAGGCCUUCGUAGAUUGCCACGAGUUCGCCAACCUCAACCUUGUCCAGGCCCUCAGACAAUUCCUGUGGAGCUUCCGACUGCCAGGCGAGGCCCAGAAGAUUGACCGCAUGAUGGAGACCUUUGCCACCCGAUACUGCCUCUGCAACCCAGGUGUCUUCCAAUCCACAGACACGUGCUACGUCCUGUCCUUCUCCAUCAUCAUGCUCAACACCAGCCUCCACAACCCCAAUGUCCGGGACAGGCCGCCCUUCGAGCGCUUUGUGUCCAUGAACCGUGGCAUCAAUGAUGGCAGUGACCUGCCUGAGGAGCAGCUGCGGAACCUCUUCGACAGCAUCAAGAGUGAGCCCUUCUCCAUCCCCGAGGACGAUGGCAACGACCUCACUCACACCUUCUUCAACCCCGACCGCGAGGGCUGGCUGCUCAAGCUGGGCGGCCGCGUGAAGACGUGGAAACGACGCUGGUUCAUCCUGACAGACAGCUGCCUCUACUACUUUGAGUUCACCACUGACAAGGAACCCCGGGGAAUCAUACCCCUUGAGAACCUCUCAGUGCAGGAGGUGGAUGACCCCAAGAAGCCAUUCUGCCUGGAGCUCUACAACCCCAGCUGCCGGGGCCAGAAGAUAAAGGCCUGCAAGACAGAUGGUGAUGGCAAAGUGGUCGAGGGCAAGCACGAGUCCUACCGGAUCUCAGCCUCCAGCGCUGAGGAGCGGGACCAAUGGAUCAAGGCCAUUCGAGCCAGCAUCACCCGUGUCCCCUUCUACGACCUGGUCUCUGCUCGGAAGAAGAAGAUCGCCAGCAAGCAGUGA